AUGAAACUAGUUAAACCAAGGAGGAGCAUGAAUAACACAGAAAAAAUCAUCAAAAACCAAAGACUUAUAUCAGCUCUAACUUUUUCAUCAAGUUUUUAUGAGUCAGUACAACCUUCUUCUGAGAGGUGUCAGUCUUACACUUCUCAAAAAAUUGAGCGAAGUAAAUCUGCACCUAAAUUUCUCAUAGAAGAGGAAAAUGAAGAGAUUCAUUUAAUAAAUCCUUUUAUUGAUACACAUCAUCAAUCUUUUUAUUAUGAUCAAGAAAUUACAAUGAUUUCAGUUGAAAAUUUUCUUAAACACCUAACUAAAAAUACUAUUAUUAUUGAUUGUCGUUACCCUUAUGAAUAUGAAGGUGGACAUGUCAUAGGUGCUUUAAAUUUAUGGAAUCAAGAAUUAUUAUUUGAAUAUAUUAAAAAUAACUUAGAACAAAUAUCAAGGAUGCAAAGUAAUAUCAUUUUUUAUUGUGAAUUUUCUCAGACUCGUGCUCCAAGUCUUGCCCGUCAACUUAAACGUUUUGAUUUAGAAAGAAAUAAACAAUACUAUUUUAAAGAAGUGUAUUUACUAGAAGGUGGAUUUAAUGAAUUGUAUUCAAUAAAUCCUAGUUGUAUUGAAGGGAGUUAUAUUGAAAUGAAUGACCAAAGAUAUUUUGAAAGAAUGCUAUUGUAUUCUAAAAUAUGUACUAAUUAUAAAAUGGUAAACAGAUUAAAUUAUCUUUCAUUUUCUUAA